CACCAAGGCAGAUUCCGACGCCGGAGUUCGUCUAUCUAGCUAUAGAUCUGUGCGUACUAUCCGAUUCCAUCUGAAACAAGCUGUCUGGCCAUUUGCUGGUCAUCGUUCGCAAUGCGUCGCUCAGGAAAACAGCGUAAGGCAGAGCUACAGCACAAACGAGCAGUCAAGCGCGGCGAUGCACCACCAGAUCCAAAGCCAACUGGCAAUGCCAAACGACGCAGAAGGCGUCCGCCUCCAAUGGCCGGACACACUCAACAAACGCGUGACAUCAGCGACCUUGCAGCUCAGUCUGCACGCAAGCUCCAAUCAGCCUUUCUCAGGCUGGACCCACAGUUCUUGCAGUUAACCAAACAACUUGCAUCUGAAAUUCCCCUUGUCAGGCCUCUGCCAGUAACUGCGAGCCAACUUGCUCCAGACGACAUACCUCUCACUAACUCAGCCGAUGGCCUAGAAGAGCUGACCGUUCCCAAAAGGCCCAAGUGGAGGUAUGAUAUGACAAAGGUAGAAGUUGAGGCAAACGAGGAAGGAUUGUUUCGCAGGUGGCUCGCGAAGACGGACUCGGCGGUCCACGCAUGGCAUGCCGCUCCUGCGUCACACAAUGAUGCAUCCCAAGAGGUGGUGGCACACAUGCCUAGAGCUCCAUCCCACUUCGAACGUAAUCUGGAGGUGUGGAGGCAACUAUGGCGUGUCACAGAAAUAUCUGAGAUCAUGCUGUGUCUAUUGGAUUCUCGGUGUCCCCUCGUGCAUCUCCCUCCCUCCUUGGCAACAUAUCUCGCUUCGCAAAACUCAAAAUACAUCCUUGUCCUCACCAAAGUUGACAUUGCCGGGCCUGUGUGUGUGGCUGCCUGGAUCUCGUAUCUUGAAUCGCAGCACCCCGGUGUUCGCAUAAUCCAAGUCGAGUCCUACACAGAACAAGCGACCGCCCAAGGACAUGCAAUAUCUCGAGCACAUAUUCCCUUUCCGUUCCGAGAACACCUCAUACAUGCACUUCGUGAGGCACACAACGAGUUGCUCGAACCGCCAGAGCGUGUACGAGCUGAUCCGUCGAAAAAAUCAAGAUGGAGACCUUCCGUAAAGAGAAGCGUUGAUUGGGAAGCUGUUCUGAGAGCGAGUGGUGACAAGGUUGGCUUGACUGUCGGUGGAGCCACCGCUCCCCAGCCAACAGACGGGGAGGGGAACAACGAUGGCGGUGAAACUCCGUCCGAACCUGAGUUUCUUACCAUUGGCCUCAUCGGUCAGCCCAACGUUGGUAAAUCAUCUUUACUCAACGCCUUGUUUGGAGCCUCCAAAGUACGAGCCUCUAGAACGCCAGGAAAGACAAAACACUAUCAGACCUUGUUCUGGACGCCGGACGUUAGGUUGGUCGAUUGCCCUGGACUCGUGCUCCCGGCCUACGUCGAGAUGGAUAUGCAGGUUCUCUGCGGGACCUUACCCAUUUCAAGGGUUUCAGCUAUCCCAUAUUGUGUUCAUCAGAUAGCGCAGCGGAUGCCUCUUGAGCGCAUGUUCAACUUAACACACCCAUCCUUUACCGAAUCAGACACAGUAGACAAAAGGACAUGGCGAGCAGGCAUGAAGGCAAGCAACCGUAGACCAAGAUCAUCUGUUUGGACGGCUACAGAUAUCAUGACUGCGUACGCCUUAGCCAAAGGAUGGGUCACUGCGAAGGCAGGACGCCCCGACGUGAACAGGGCUGGUAACGCUAUCUUGAGAAUUGUCGCGGAGGGUCGAAUUCCCUGGGCAUUUUGGCCUCCCGAUGUCAAGAAUCCCAAUGAAGAGGAUAAUGGGGCGGGAAUAUGGAGAUCAAAGCAAAGUCAGGAACAUGAGCUAGAUAUCAUGAGCUUCGACGAUUCUGGAAGUGACCUAGGCACGAACGAAGGAGAGGGUAGUGAAGAGGACUCGGAUUCAUCAGCCGAGAACGGCUCACAUGGUUCUCGAGCGGAAUUGGACGACGAGAGUGACGGUGAAGAGAAUCCAGAAGAGAACGCACCCAUAAUUGGUAGUUCCAGCCGAUUUUCAGCGCUCUCAAUCGACGAGUAGAUUACAAGCAGGAGUCAGAGGCGUAAGACCGACGCGUUUACGACGCGUCGCGUGGGACACUUUGGUUAUAUCAAAACGUUGAACGC